CAAUAAUACACACGCAUUCCAUUUUACACUGUUCCUUUCUUUUUUCUUUUUUUUUUUUUAACUCUGUCUUGGUCAUCGACCUCCAUGGCCAUGGCGUUGAGAUCCGCAGGAAGAACGCUCUCUUACGAGAUUCUCAGCCAAAGUAGUUCCAUUGAAGAUGACGAAGCUCUCUUUCUCCGCCCUAACUCGGAUCCAUUUCACAACCAUUCUGCUCCGAGACCGAACCGAAAGAAACGGAAGAAGAGAAAGAAGAAGACGACGACGACUGCGACGACGACGACGACGAUCGAGAUCGAGAGCUCGAUUCCCGAGGAACCGAUCAACGGAAAUGACCGCGAAGUCGAUUCCUCCGUCUCGGAGAAUUUCGGAAUCGCGAGGCAAGCGUUUCAGGUUUCCGGCAAUGGAGAUAGCUGUUGCUCGAUUGGUUUGGAAUCGAAUUGCGAGGGUUAUAGCGUCAUGGCUGCGAAAUUUGUUCGUUCAGGGAGUGGAGGGAGUGUUUGUACGGUGACGACGGUCACUGAGCAGCCGGGAUUUCAGAAUGUGCGCGGCGAGUUGAGACAGAGGACUGUCAAUGGUAGUGGCGGUGGCGCCGGGGAUGGAGGCUUGGAAGAUAGUGCCUCGCGAGUGUACAGUGAAGGGAAAUUGGAGACCGACAUCGAGGUGAACUCGGCUGGGAAGCAGAGAACAGAACCCAAUGGGACCGUCCUUACGAAAUUAGAGACUGCCGAGUCCUUGGAUUGGAAAAAGCUUAUGUCAGAAGAUCCCAAUUAUAUGUUUUCUUCCGAGAAAUCACCUUUCAAGUACUUCUACGAUGACAUGUUGGGUGGAAAUUCAUUACGGAGGACGACAACUUUUGGUAAUGAGAAAGAACGCGAAAGAGUUUAUGAUACAAUCUUCCGCUUGCCAUGGAGAUGUGAACUGCUCAUAAAUGUUGGCUUCUUUGUCUGCUUUGAUUCAUUUCUGUCAUUGUUAACUAUCAUGCCAACAAGAAUCCUAACGUCCAUUUGGAGGUUUAUAAAAACAAGGCAGUUCAAACAGGCGUCUGCAGCAGAGCUGUCUGAUUUUGGUUGUUUUGUUAUAAUGGUUUGUGGAGUCUUUCUUUUGGAGCGAACAGGUUUAGUAAGGAUAUGUGUCUAUCAUGUUCUCUUAUUCUACUAUCAUACUAGAUUUACUUUAGCUUUUUGGUGGCAUUCUUUUGAUUCUUAUUACAUGAAUCUCAAUUCUAGUAUAUUUGUUUCGUUUGUUUUAGAUAUCAGCUUAAUAUAUCAUAUGAUCCGUGGUCAAGGAACGAUCAAACUAUAUGUGGUCUACAAUGUGUUGGAGAUAUUUGAUAAAUUAUGUCAAAGUUUUAAUGGAGAUGUGUUGCAAACCCUAUUUAAUUCGGCAGAUGGACUUGCAAACUCUCCGCCAGAUGGAAUAACCUUCUGGAUUUGGAGAUAUGUGUGUGACCUGACUUUAGCUGUUGUUGCUUCCAUCAUUCAUUCUUUCAUUUUAUUAGCUCAAGCUAUUACUUUGUCGACCUGUAUAGUCGCUCACAACAACGCUUUACUGGCUUUGCUGGUGUCGAAUAACUUUGCUGAGAUAAAAAGCAAUGUUUUUAAGCGAUAUAGUAGGGAGAAUAUUCAUAGUCUGGUAUACUUUGAUUCGGUGGAGAGAUUCCAUAUCUCAGCGUUUGUCUUAUUUGUUUUAGCUCAAAACAUUCUGGAGGCCGAAGGUCCCUGGUUUGAAAGUUUUCUUUCGAAUGCUCUCUUGGUAUACGUUUGUGAAAUGGUUAUUGAUAUCAUAAAGCACUCUUUCAUAGCUAAAUUUAAUGACAUAAAGCCCAUUGCAUACUCUGAGUUUCUUGAGGACCUCUGCAAACAGAUUUUACAUAUAGAUACCGAAGAUUCAAAGAAUAUUCUCACUUUUAUUCCACUGGCGCCAGCUUGUGUGGUUAUUCGAGUCUUGACUCCAGUCUAUGCUGCCUGCCUCCCAUGUCAUCCUCUCCCAUGGAAGCUCUUUUGGAUUGUGUUAUUGUUUUCCGUGAACUUUGUAAUGCUCACUAGCCUUAAGGUGCUCAUAGGCAUGGGGCUACAGAAACACGCCACCUGGUAUGUCAAUAGGUGCCGAAAAAGAAAACACCAUCUUCAUUGUGAUUAAUUCGAAAGAAAGAAAGAAGCAAAGAAAGAUUCAAGAUAGACGAGUCUCACUCAAAUCUUUGGCUGCUCAAAGUCCCUCUUUUCCGAGCCUGCAACAAGCUGAGAUCAAGCCCUCUGGAAAUAGUGUCUCGAAUUAUUAUGUCGAAAAGGGCGGGACAGCAUAAGCCCCAGCAACACCGUCGAAUAUUCAGGCCAUCUUACCUUAAGUUUUCAGUGUUGUUGCCUUUCAAUUUUGAUACGAAGAAAGGACUUUCGAUCGGUUGGGGGGCACUCCUGGCUUGUAUACAUACAUAGGUGAGAAUGCCCCUUCACCAUUUUCUACAUCGAUAAUUCAAAGUGCUAUAGUUUCUUGUAUCCCUUUGAAUACUUAUUAAAAGAAAUAAUAAAGCUAUUUCAAUGAAAAAAAAAA